GUAUCGUUGGUGUAUGCCUAAAUACAUAUACAGGAACCAUUUCCUGAUCCAGUCAAAACAUCUUCUCUACGAAAUGAAAUGACGUGUCGAAGAAAUGGAUGUUGGGUAUCUUGACUGAGUAAUAUAAAGGAGUUCUCAAUAAAGAUGGGGUAUGAGGUGGCCCGCUUUGUCGGUGAGGUGGAUGAAGAACUCAUCUGUCCAAUCUGUAGUGCAGUGCUUGAAGACCCUCAGCAGGCACCAGAAUGUGAACAUGCUUUUUGUUCUACCUGCAUCCAAGAAUGGUUAUCUCGUCAGCAGACCUGCCCUGUAGACCGUAACCAUAUAACAUCUCAGCAGCUCAAACCAGUGCCUCGUAUCUUGCGCAACCUCCUUGCCCGCCUCCAGAUUCACUGUGACAACGAAGGCUUCGGCUGUGCCUCCGUUGUCCGUUUAGAUUCCCUGCAGCAGCACCUUCAAGAAUGCGAGCACAACCCCAAGCGUCCUAUACAGUGUGACAAAGGAUGUGGUAUGGUCAUCCCCAAGGAUGAGGUCAAAGACCACAAUUGCGUCCGGGAGUUGAGGCUCCUGGUACAGAACCAGUCCAACAAGCUUGGUGAGCAGGAAACGGAAUUGACAGAGAUCCGAAGCCAACUGUCGGAGCAUCGUCGCGAGAUGCAGAUGUUGAAGGAGUACAUCCGCGCCAUACGGAUCUCCAACCCAAACACAAGCCCUUCGGUCCGCGCGAUCGAGGAUGAAAUUGAGAACAAUGAAGUGGUGCGAUGGGUGAACUCCAUGCCCCUUGCUCGUGUUACCCGCUGGGGCGGGAUGAUAUCAACACCGGACGUUGUUCUUCAGACAGUCAUCAAGCGUUCCCUCCUUGAAAGUCACUGUCCAGCUCAUAUUGUUGCAGAACUAAUGGAGAAUGCCCAUGAGCGUAACUGGCCACCAGGGCUUAGCACCCUUGAGACACGUCAGAUGAAUCGCCACACCUAUGAACAAUACGUCUGUCGUAGGAUACCAAGUAAGCAGGCAGUGCUUGUGAUGGCAUGUGACAAUGCUCAUAUGGGAGAAGACUUCACAUUGGACCCUGGUUUGGUCAUGAUCUUUGCACAUGGGAUAGAAUGAUAUCGUCAUAGCAGAAUGCAAUAUUCUCAAACAAUAGAAAAGAAACUUGAUCAUUCUUUGCAAUUGAAGACAUAUGGUAGUAUAAGCUCAGGUUUUGAGCAGUUUUGCAGUUGAAGCAGUACCUGCUCCUUCUUUUUUUUAAUUUGAGUUUAAUAUUUGUCUCUUGGAUUAUUGUGGACAAUAUAGUAUUUUUUCUGGCGCAAUGUUUCGUUGUAAGAUGUAGCCUAUUUUGCUUCCUGUACUUGUAAAUUAAACAUCUGCCUUGAGGGAGUUAUUUUGUUGCAUUCUUUACUGGUAGAGAAUUACAAGUUUAAUUAUUUGCAAUUUUGAAAUGAGUUCUAGCAGAUUUGAGAUGAUACAUUGUUUGCUGAGAGAAUCUACUUUUCAUAGUUUGAUAUUUAAAGACUUAA